AUGCCUUCUUCUGGGGUUUCCAGCCGUAAGCUCUACCAGUUGAUCGAACGCGAGGGUUUUGAGUCUCUUAUUCCUUGUCUUCGUUGUGUUGCCCAGAAUAAGACGUGUAUCCGAUCCGAUCGUUCCUAUCGCUGUGCCGGUUGCAAUCGCGCUGGUGGUACAGUGAAGUGCGAAAUGCCCAAAGAGUCUUUUACCGAUGCCGAAUGGCGCCGUUUGCUUUCGUCCCAAACCUCCCUGGAGGACGAAGAGGAAAAGAUCCUUCUCGCUCAGCAAGAGAUACUGCUGAAGAAGCGUGCGGGUGAUUUCAUCGCCCGUGAUUAUAAAGAAAUUGCUGAGUUGGAGGAGCUUGAGCGUCGCGAGGCGGAGGAGUUGCAGCGCCUUGAGGACGAACGCCUCGAGUCCGAGUGA